CAGGGGACGGGAUCCUAUGUGAGAUCGAAAUGAAAAAAUCUACUAGUUUACUUCUACGCCGGGGCAUCUAGGAGCGGGAACUGGGGGAAAUAAAGAUGGCAACAAAUGUAAGUCUAGAUGGAAGUAUGAAAGAAAACCUAUGGAGCAGCUCUGAUGUUUUAAAAUGGUUGAAUAAAACCCUACAGACUGAAUUCAACCAGGUGGAGCAAACACGUUCAGGUGCUUGUUAUUGCCAGUUGAUGCACUGUCUGUUUCCAAAAUCCAUUGACUUGGAAAAAGUAAAAUUUCAAGAGCAAGAAAGAGAGGAGUUUAUCCACAACUAUCAUCUGCUGCAGGAAAGCUUUGUAAAGAAUGGUGUCAACCGAGUUGUUCCGGUGGAGGAACUCGUCAAAGGAAGAUUCAAGACCACCUUUUAUUUUUUAAAAUGGUUCAAGAAAUUCUUCGCUGCCAACAAUUCAGAGCAGAAGUACAACCCAGUAAGAGCACGAAAGGGAGCGAACAUGGUCCUUGCAAGGCGUGUUCGUUUUUCAAAAUCAGAUGAACCAGCAGACCGUAAUGACUCCGUUGUAAUUGAAUCCGACUCGGAGGAGGAUACGCGUGCUAAGAGAACCACCAGUGUCUACAAUGGCGAGUGGCAGACUACCUUCAAUUGGGUGAAGCCAAGUAAUCUUGGACAAAAUUAUGCCUUCUGCAGUAUCUGCGACAUCAACCUCUGCAUCCAGUAUUCAGGUGAAUUUGACCUGAGACGACACCAGAAAUCGAAAACCCAUGUUCGAAAUCAAAGAAAAUCGUCUGGUGGCAACAUCACCACUGAUGCCACCGUUUCCGCUAGCGUGGCUCUUAUGCAGUUCAUCCAGACGCUUGUCUCUGAGCAUUCGGGUGAAAAUAACCAGGCAUCUCAGCACAGAGCAAAGCUCGUCCUGGGACCACAUUAUCCAGAGGACAUCAAGUCAGUCUGCAACAAAACUCCUUACUGUGUCUACCUCUAUGGAGCUGUGGCCGCUGGACAACAGACUUUAGUGGUGCUAGUGGGAUUUUUUGAUGACAAGGCUGUGAUGCACCGUUUUCGGUUCUUGGAUGCUUUCCAGACCUCAGGCAACAAUUCAGAGGAAGCAGUGGUCACUUUCUUGAUGGAGACUUUUAAAAAGUUUGACAUUACCAGCCAAAAUAUGUGUGCUUUUUACAUGGAUGGGUUGGGGGACCACUCUCAGAAGAUAGCUUCUGAGUUGAAGCAACUCAGUCCGCACAUAGUGGCCCUCGGUGGGCUGUACAGUCUACCAGAUGCUGCUUGCCAAGCAGGUGUGACUGAGCACUUUCAUGAAGCAAAGGAGUUGAUUCUGAAAAUCCAUGCCCACUAUACCACCCUUUCCUCUGGCAAUGACGACCUCAAAGCACUCUUCGCUGGAGUUCAUGAACUUGAUCAGGCUAUGACUCCCCAAACCACACCGUGCCAGGCCUUUACGACUAUUGUUCGAAGGGUUGAUGGAAUGUGGCAGGAGCUCGUCUCGUACUUCAGCAAGGAUGCCUCUGGAGAGGAUAAGAGUAUGUUUGAGGAGAUUUGCACGCAGCUGAAGAACCCCAAACUCAGGGUUAUGUUCAUGUUUUUGGACAAUGCUUUGGAGCCCCUGCGCUCCUUUCAGGACCGACUAGAGAAACGAAAUGGAACUGACCGCGCCGAUCUUGUGCAGAUCUUGCGUGAGGCCAGCGGCCUCUUGCGUGCUUAUGCCUCCAGCUUCCUGAGACCCCAUGCUGUGAUGCGAUUCCUCAAGGAGCGAAAUGCUGCCCUCCUCACAGACACCAAGUUCUACCUCUCCGCGCCUGAGCUGAAUCUGGGCGGGACAGCUGUCGAGGACUUCCUGUUGGAACAUGAAGCAGAUAUGACGGACUUCGUGCAGGCGUUCCAGACGAAGUGUUUGUCCUUCUAUGCUACCCUUACAGCAAGCCUUGCGGAGGGCCUUCCCCUGAGCGAUGGUGUGCUGAGAAGCAUGUCCCAGCUGCUGAGUCCAGAGGGAAGGUUGAAGGUCACCGAGAACGCUGUCACAGAUCUUGCCGCGCAGCUCGGACUCACCAGCACCCCGGAAGAAUCCUUGAAGAUUACAGGUGAAUUCCUUCAGUACCAGCUUGCGGAAGAACAAAAGGGGAAAACGAAGGCAAGCGGUGGUGAGAGUGGCCCUGAGGAUGAAUGUCUUGGUUCUUCAUCAACACUAUCUCUGGAGGAACACUGGGGCACUUAUCUGAAGACCACUGAUCCCACAUCUAGUUUCAGGAAACUGGUGCUGAGCCUACUGGCUCUCCCCUGCCCACCUUUAGAGGCAAAGAAGGUUUUUGCCCAGGCUGCAUCAAGAUUGGAUAGUUCCCAUUCUGAUGACCGUAUGGUAAGUGACACUGAGGUCAUGAAAGUGGACGUGAUCAGUGACGGCUCUCACUCAGACAGUGUUAGCUCUCCCAUCAAGAGUGGAAGGAAAACGAAAUCCCCCAGCAGCAGAAAAGUGAGUGACCGCGCAUUCUCAUUGAGGCCCUGUUCGGUGCAACUUCAAAGGAUGACCAAGCUGGGUGGGACUGACGAUGUGGUGAUUGUGGAGGGUGAUGAUGCCUUUUCACCCAGCACAAAGGGCGGUGGUGUUAGGGGCUUACACGUUGGCAGUUUGCGCCAAAGACCCGCUGUCCGCACCGUCUUUCAGGCAAGCACUGGGACAUGGGCUAAGCCAAAGAGUCUAGAGAUCAAGAAUGCGGCAUCGUCCACGGCAUCACCCACGGCAUCGUCCACGCCAUCGCCCACACCGUCGCCGGUAAAACGUGGACCACGACGAGGCUCACCGACAAGCACACCUAUUUCUCCAAGUCCUAGGCCCAGAUUUAAAAGACAAUUAUACCAGGACGGCCUCGGCUUCAGCCUGGGAGAGUUGAUUUGGGGCAAGGGGAAGGACUUCUCCUGGUGGCCCGGCCUGGUGGUGCUCUGGAAAGGCCGGAGUGCACCCGUGGGCAUGAGGAGAGUGGAAUGGUUCGGAGAUGGCUUGUUCUCAGAGAUCCAGACAGGGGGACUACUGCCAUUUGCUGCCUUUGCCAAGUGUUUCUGCACCAACUCCUAUGCCAGCUUGCCACUGUAUAAAAAUGCCAUUUACCAGGUUCUAGAGGUGGCUGGUGAGCGCUGUGGGAAGUCCUUCUCUGCCGAGUCAGGGGACAAAGCCAACGAGCUCAUGCUGGUGUGGGCCUUCGGGGGCUUCCUGCCCACUGGACCUGACGGGUUCCAACCGCCCUCUGAUGACAACCCAAAGGAUUCCGACUCCUCCAUGUCCGAUUACCAGCCCCCAGCCAAGAGGAAGCACACCUCCAGGAACAACUACCAUAUUGAGCCAGAGGGGCGAGAAUUGAUCCUCCAUAAAGUGACGAGUAAAGGGAAAAAGAUUGAAAGUUUGUGCAUAUCAUGUGGAGACAGUGACGCGGAGGUUUUGCACCCACUGUUUGAAGGAAGUCUAUGUGGGAUGUGCAAGAAAAACUUCAUGGAGACGUUGUAUAGAUACGAUGAAGAUGGCUAUCAGUCCUAUUGCACAGUGUGCUGUUUUGGCAAAGAGGUGCUACUGUGUAGCAACUCUAACUGCUGCAGGUGUUUCUGUAAGGACUGCCUGAACUUCCUGGUAGGCCCGGGCACGUUCGAGGAGCUGAAGGAGGUAGAGCCGUGGAGCUGCUACAUGUGUUGCCCCCCUCAGAGGUUUGGCGUGCUGAAGCGGCGGCCCGACUGGAACGCACGAGUCCAGGAGCUCUUCGCCAACAACGGCAUUGUUCGAUUUGAGCCACAGCGUGUUUAUCCAUCCAUCCCUGCCCACCUGCGCCGACCCAUCAGAGUCCUGUCUAUCUUUGACGGCAUUGCCACAGGCUACGUUGUGCUGAAGGAGCUCGGUUUCAACAUUGACCUUUACUUAGCUUCGGAAAUCCUUGAUGACGUGAUCACUGAGGGUGCUGUCAAACAAAACGGAAAGAUCGGAUACAUCAAGGAUGUACGCACCAUCACCCGCAGAAACUUGACUGAAUGGGGCCCAUUCGACCUUCUGAUUGGUAGAAGCCGUUGCAGUGAUGUGUCUGUAGCGAAUCGAAAUCAGCAGGGCAUUGGCCGGCAGUUCUUUGAGUACUACCGCAUGCUGACCAUGAUGAGGCCGCGGGAUGAUGACGACCGCCCGUUCUUCUGGCUCUUUGAGAACAAAGUGGCCAUGAGUGCCGAUGACCGGAGCGACAUCUCCCGCUUCCUGGAGUCUAACCCCAUCAUGAUCGAUGCCGCUAAUGUCAACCCAGCUCACAAAACUCGAUUCUUCUGGGGAAACCUUCCAGGAAUGUCCAGGUCUAUGGCUGUUUCUCAAAGUGACAGAGUUAAUCUUCAGGACUCUCUGGAGAUCGGACAGAUGGCCACGUUCAAUAAAGUGAAAACCAUGUCCCCCAACUCCAACUCCAUCAAACAAGGAAAGAUGGGACCAUUGCCAGUGAACGGGAAGGAUGACUUCCUGUGGUGCAGCGAGUUGGAUAAGGUGUUGCCAAAACAGUACACGGACGUGGCCAACAUGGGCCGGGGACAUCAGCAAAAGUUCCUGGGUCACUCGUGGAGUGUUCCAGUGAUCCGGCACCUCUUGGCUCCCCUCAAGGACUAUUUUGCAUGCGAGUAGGGAAAAUCUGUGGUUGUUGUGCCUUGCUUUUAGAGCUCUACAAACAAAACAAUACCAAACAAACAAACAAAAACAACACACAAAACCAGCAUCAAUAAUAUAACAUUGCCAACAUGCAAUUACCAGUGUCAGGGUUCAUGAGUUUUUAAUGAAUUGUGAAUUUUUGCUGUUUCUGGGUGUAGCUGUUAAUUUAUUAUUAUUAUUUUCUAACACUUACAACAUUCAACAUAUUGUAUAUUUCUGUACUUUUAAAGUUGUUUUUAGAGGUGUUUUUAAUGUUUUACUGAAGUCUGUGACUCGGUGAAAGUACAGUGAGGAUGGAUCAGUCAGCAGUGUAAAAGGACCAUUGGUAGCUGUAUUCUGUAAGCCACAGUCAUAUUGAUUUGGGGAAAAAUUAAAUAUUCUCUGCCUUUGUACAUUUCUGUCUUUUUCUGUCUUCAAUUAUCUUUCUUUUUUUUUGGUCUGGUGACCAGCUUUGGUCCUGUGAAUGCACAGCUACUUUUCAUUUUUAUCUUUCCAGUUGAGACGGUUACAUGUACAUUUUGUUUGUAUGUAGAGUUAAUAUUGCAAGUUAAACCGGUAAACACCUGCCCCUGAAACACCAGCAGUUAAUGGGUAUUGUGUGCAUAUCAUGUUUAUUGAUGAUUAGGGGAAGUGGACACUUUUUAACCCCCUUUUAAAAUAUGUUAUUGUAGCUAUCAUUAAUGACUUGGUGCUAUUUCCAGCAUUUCUACCAUUUUAAAUGAACUUGAAUGUCUUGGUGCUACGAAGAUCUUUUUUAAAGUUUGUUUUUAGUUAUUUACAUUUGGUUUGUCUGUGUUUAAUUAUUUGCAAUAGAAUGUUAGAACACAUGGCUGUGUUUGCCUUUGCCUUGUGUUUGCAAGAUGUUGAAUAAAUAUCCUGCACCGUGAA